AUGAGGCGAUCAAGAAGUGCGGGUGACAUCGAGGACGAAGGCGCGGCAGGCAACAGGCUGAAAUGCCAAAGGGUCGCAGCACCAGAAUCGGCGGUGCUGGUGGAGCCUGUGCAGGCCGAGGAGCCAGAAGCCGAGGCAGCAGAGGUUGGGGGACAGGAGGGCGAGGAGCCUCCAGUGGAAGCCGAGGAGGCCGCUGACGAGGACGAGGAGGGCAGCGACGAAAGGGACAGCCUCGGCGAGGGAGAGAGCGAGGAGAGAGACGAGUACGAGGACGGAGAUGAGGGAGCAGAUGAUGUGGAAUACGAUGAAGAGGGAUUCUUGGAAGAGGAUGGCUACGACGACGCGCCCGAGCGCGCCGUUGGUACUGCGCCGGAACCGCAGGCUGGCGACGCUCUGGUCACGCCGGGCGUCUGGGCGCGCCGCAUGCCCGACGGCCGCCACUGCCUGCUGGGCGCGCCGCUGCGCUACGCGCCCAAGCUGCUGCGGCGCAUCUUCGGCUUCUCCCAGCAGCGCGGGCAGCUGCUGUGGCGCCGCCAGGAGCCAAUUGACGACGAGGCGUGGCGCUACACUUGCGACGCCCUGGCGGCGCCGAGGAUCCAGCCGCUCCUGCAGAGUGGGCGGCGCGUGCUGGAGCCGCUGCCGGCGUGGGGCUUCCCAGCCUCCUUGAGGCUGAAGGACAGCCGCGGCGAUGUGCUGCAGGGCCCGAAGCGCUCUGGCAGUGGUGCCAUGUCUUACAACGUGGGCAGGCAGUUUUUCAGCAGCUUCAAUAAGGGGGUUGACGGCAGCUUCUUCUGGGCAGACGGCGUCGGGCCGUUCGACCCGGAGGCCCAGCAGAGCUUUAAUGAUGCGAUGUGA